AAUUGAAGAGAGUUGAUUUUGCGAUCACCUCCUAAAGGAAAGUAUUUAUAAUUCAUUUCUCUUGUUCUGUUAGUGGCUGCGUCACUCUUGUUGUUUAACUAUAAAUAUGGCUAAUAUUGCUAAAAUUUUUGCCAAUCGGGCCCAGUAUAUGUUACAAGUAGCUGCUAAGCAAUCGCAAAUUGUUCCACGUUUCUAUAGUGCAGCUAACUUUGAAUUUAUUAAAACCGAAUUGGCUGGAGCUAAUAAAAAUGUGGCAGUUAUAACUUUGAAUCGUCCCAAAGCCUUAAACGCGCUAUGCAAUGGCUUAAUGAAAGAAUUGAGCUCCGUUUUGGACGAUUACGAGAAGGACAAAAAUGUCGCAGCUAUUAUUAUUACAGGCAGUGAGAAAGCUUUCGCGGCCGGUGCCGAUAUCAAAGAAAUGCAACCGAAUACCUAUCCUCAUUGCAUUUUAAGUAAUUUCCUUAAUGAUUGGACACGUGUGGCGAAAUGUCAAAAACCUAUCAUUGCCGCUGUAAAUGGGUACGCUUUGGGAGGCGGUUGUGAAUUGGCCAUGAUGUGUGACAUUAUUUACGCUGGUGACAAGGCGAAAUUUGGUCAACCUGAGAUUGCCUUGGGUACAAUACCCGGAGCAGGUGGCACUCAACGUCUAACACGAGUUGUCGGAAAAUCCAAAGCUAUGGAAAUGUGUUUGACUGGUAAUAUGAUUAGCGCUGAAGAAGCGGAAAAAAUGGGUUUAGUUAGUAAAGUAGUACCGGCCGAUAAGCUGGUUAGCGAAGCUAUUAAAUUGGGCGAAAAAAUCGGUUCACACUCCAAUUUGAUUGUACAACUGUGCAAAGAAUCAGUCAACACAGCCUAUGAGACUACUUUGCAAGAGGGUCUGAAAUUCGAAAGAAGAACCUUCCAUGCUACUUUCUCAACUGAUGAUCGUAAAGAAGGUAUGACCGCCUUUGUUGAAAAACGCCCCGCCAAAUUCAGCAAUAAUUAAAUAUUCUUUUCUAUAAAAUUUUAUAACGUUUCCUUGAAACAAUAAUAUUUGUUUUUUUUGACCAGCAUUGCAUUUAUAUUAAAAUUAAAAUCGAAUUGUGCUGCAAUAAAAUCAGCGUAGGUUUAGUCAUAUCAUAGUUGUCAGUAAAA